AUAUUCAGGAAGUUACAUUCUCACUACAUGGCAGUUUCAUAAAAUAAUAAUUACAUGAAAGCAGGCCUUUCUAUGAGCCACAUACAUUCAACUUCAACAUAUAAAACCACCGUUAUCUGCUUUUGUUGACCAUCUCUUUUCCUAUCUACACACUAUACUUGGUAUUUUUCAUUCUUUCAUAUUUCUUCAAAGUUGAAACUGAUCAAAUGGAAUCUGAUCAUGAUCAGCAAGCAGCAAUAUCUGAAAAUCCCUCUGAUGGGGAGGACCAAGGCGCAACUCACGUGACAUCCAGGUCCUACGAAUGCAACUUCUGCAGGAGGGGCUUCUCCAAUGCACAAGCACUGGGGGGGCACAUGAACAUCCACAGAAAAGACAAAGCCAAGCUCAAGCAACAACAAUCUUCAAAUCAACCAUCUUUGGACAAGGUUAUCCCUCCACAGGAUCAGACCAAGUCUGGUGAAGAACGGAACACGCCAAAAUGGAAUUGGAAUGUGUCUCAAGAAGAACAUGCCUCCUCUAGAGCAUCUCACACAAGGCAACAGCUUCCACUCUUUGAAGAAUCACCAACCAGCAGUGAAACACUGAAGCCACAAGGUCAAAAUACCACUGAUGGAGCUUUGUUAUCUACCCGAGAUUCAUCGUUGAAGUUAGACCUUGAACUCAGACUCGGACUUGAACCACAGGAUUCGUCACCAGAAACGGGUACAAGAAAUUUUUUUUGAGUUCGAUCCUCCUCACGCUAUUGUCUGAAGAUGUCCACGAACCCUUUUUUUUCUUGGUGAAAAGAGCUCAUAACCUGUUUGAUUUUGUUCUCGCGAGUUUACCCUUUGAAUUAAUUUUUACCAUUGCUUGUAUUUUAUACAUGGUUGUAAAAUUUACUACUUUUAUACAACAUUUUCUGUUUUUCUGCAAAAUAUGUAUAUGAUAUUACUGCUUUGUUCUUGAACUGAAUUCAUUGCACCACAUUCCAGA